AUGGAGGAAGUAGGCUCAAUUAUGAGACUUAUAUGGACAAGAAGAAAUGAGGUUGUGCAUGGGAAGGAAUUCAGACAUCCAAACUCUAUUAUACAUAAGGCUCAAGAUGAUCUUACUUGUUACAAAAUGGUAAAACAUAAUCCUUUGAAUGGUAGAGUUGCAAAGCCCACUAGAAGACUUCAAAGCUGGACUACACCACCUGAGGGAUUAUACAAACUGAAUUGGGAUGUUGCCAUAAACCAACCUCUAAAUCAAAUAGGUAUUGGGGCUAUCAUCAGAGAUUAUAAUGGCCAAGUUUUUGGUACAAUACGAGCUAGAAGAAAUUUAAAUCUCUUCCCUUUUACUGUUGAAGCUUAUGCAAUGAUGAUGGCGGUUAUCUUUUGUAAAGAAGCUAGUUUCCAUUCAGUCCUUUUCGAAGGAGACUCACUCAAAGUGGUGGAAAGGAUGCAGAAGACAGUCAAGGAUUGGAGCCAAGGAGGUUUAAUUAUUGAAGACACUAAACUGGUCCUACAAGAUUUUGUUAAUUGGAAGUUUUGUCACACAAAGAGGGAUUCAAAUAUGGCAACCCACUUACUAGCCAAGAAUGCCCUUCUAACUGAUUGUGAUCUCUAUGAAUUAGAGGUGAUACCAUUUUGUAUUAGACAUGCUGUUCUCUUAGAUAUUUGUAAUAGCAUGGUUUAA